AUGGGGUUUUCUUAUUGGGGACCUCUUUUAGUGGAGCGCGCAGCCUUUAAUCGCAGAGACCAUCAACUGGUUCAGAAAGCAGUAGAGUACCUGGCCUCCAUACAUUCGAGCGACUCUCCACACUUGCAUCUACUCCUCCAGUCAGGCUACAAACCCUCUCAAGACGUUGCAGAGGAUUUGUUUGCAAGGCCUAAUGUGGCUACUACCGAAAGCAUCGCAAUUCACAAAAUAAUAGCACAUGAAUACUCUAAUGCCAUUGGACUUCUUGAAAAUGAUAAUAGCAUUCAGUAUCUGCAAAGAAUUGAGACCAUAACACAAGUCUUGAUUUUAAGCCGAAAGUGGAAAUCAAUUGAUGAGCUUGAUUCACGGCUUAGUUCUUAUGCCAAGUCUAAGGGCGACAAACUAGAGCCAAAUGACAGACUUCUCAGCACAAAAAUCAAACUUUUGUUUACAGCAGCCAAUUACUUACAAGGCAGAUAUCUGGAUUGUCUCCGGUGUUUUUUGACGGUGCUGGAAGAGGAUGCCACAGUAAUUGAUGUGCUAACGAGAGAAAGUGUUUGCACAUUUUGCACCAAUGACGAGCUAGUCAUGAUGAUUUCGAUUUCUGCAAUAGUUGCACUUUCAUUAGAUCACUAUGAAGAUUUUUUACAAUUGGAAGAUUUGGCACCUUUCUACAAUAUUGCGCAGCCGUUUUCGAAGUGGCUUUCGUUAUUGAUACAAACAAGUUACCGUGAUUUUUUACAGGAAUGGGACAAGAUUGACUCCAAGUGUUUGUCAAGCUUAUUUCUUUCACAAAAAUGGAGGGAGGCUCGAAAGUCAAUGAGAGACAAGAUAUAUGUUUUCUAUUUGCGAAUCUCAAAUUACGUCGAAAUACCUUACUUGUCCAAAACAUUACAAAUUGAUUUAAAAACUGUUUGUGAUGAUCUUCACGAGCUUAUAGAGGGCCUGAAGCUGAACUUUAUAAUCAAAGACCUUGUGGUGUGCUAUAAGAACAGGUACGAUAUUUCAAAUUUGGCCGAUGGCUUAAUUUCAUCCAAUCAGUUAUUGCUAGAAAGGUCAGAAGCUAUUAGAAUGCAAAAUGAUGUUCUGAGAUCUAAGGUCCAGGAAUCAAUCAUUACGAAUAAUUCUCGAGAAGAAGAUAGGAACUGUAAUAGGCGCUCAGUAAACAACGUGUUUGAUGAGGGUCAUGAAGAGUGUAAUUCGAUGUUUGAGACAGACUAA